UCCACAAUAAUUCUGCGAAGUUAGUCUCGCGCACAUUGUUUACUUGUAGGGGUCUUUUACUCUAGCGUUAGAUCUUAGUAUUUUCAGUAUUUAGAUUUUGAUAUGGCUAAAUUAGUAGAAUUAAUAGUUUGCACUUUUUGGAUACUUUGUUUCGUAGAUUUUACCAAGGCUAUCGAAUGUUAUACAUGUUCUUCACUGAUGGACCGCGAAUCUUGUGAAAAACCUGAAAAAUACAACGUACCAAGGAAAGUUUGUAAUAAGACAUCUCUCAACGACACAUUGAACUUGGCGAAAGACAUCGAUAAAGGAUUCAGUAGCAUAUUCGAAGUGGAAUUGGGUAAUCAUAUUGUACCAACUACUUGUUUGAAGCAAAUCACUAUGGUUGGUGAAAAACACAUUAUCCUGCGAGGAUGUCAACUGCUUGCUCUUUCUGGUAACCUCAACGUCUGCAAUAAGGUGAAGAAAUAUGCGACGGACAACCUGAGGACCUCUUUCUGCGAACUCUGCAACACUAAGGAUGGUUGCAAUUCUUCAGGAUAUCACCCUUUGCAUUUCGGAUGGAUUUUGCUUAGUCUUAUUAAUUCUAUAAGAUACGUUAUCAACACAUAACUCCGGAAUGUGAAGGGUAGCAUUCAAAGAACCGCUGAUGUUUUGGUUUGACGGGAAUUGUUGGAAUUUUUAACACUGUGGUUGACCGUGUUCAAAUUCCAUCAGAUCACGGUGUGAUUGAGAGACUUGAUCUACAUAUUACUUGAAACUGUCUGGAAGCUUUGUAGUUCGAAAUUCACUGUAAUAUAAUAUUGAAAUAA